UUGCUGUCGUGUAACCUUAAAACGACUUAACGGAAACGUUAUAUUCAGUGAAGACAAAUUUUAGGACGGUGUGCCUUCUUAAUUAGUGUACUUAGGUCAGUCGAAUUGUUAAGAGAAGUUUUUUUUUUUAUAGAAUCUCUUAAUAGUAUCGAGAAGACAAUACGAUAAGCGAAGAGUUGGAUUUUUUCUUUCUAUUAUUUUUUCUUAUUCAUGCAAAGCGAUUGUUCGUUACGAAAGGAAAUAUCGAAAAAAAAAAAAAAAAAUAGUAUUAGGGACGUGAAAACUUUUGUAGGACGUGCGUGGCUAUAAUCUAAAUAACAUGUCUGAUACGAGACGUCGUAGAAAAUCUAAUCAGUCCUGUAAUUCAGAUGAUCUCUCCGAUUCUUACGAAGAGUUGAACGCCACUAAAGAAACGCAGAGUAGCGAACAGACUGAUGGUCAUCAGGAUUCAGAAUGUGAUGUUUACGUGACUGAUUCUGAUGCUGAAUCACAAGAAGGUGUAUUGCGAGAAAGUGGAGAUGGACAAGAGGAGGAGAAACCACAGAAGAAAUUAGAUGAUGACGAAGAUAGACGAAAUCCUCAAUAUAUACCAAAACGUGGAACAUUUUAUGAACAUGAUGAUAGAACUACGGAUGAAGUUACCGAAACUAGUACUGAAACUACUAAUGAAAGAGAAACUAAAGAAAAGAAAGUAUGGAAAGAUAAAGAGGAUAGAUGGGAUCAUGAUAGAUACAAUCACGAGGAACAAGCUCCUAAGAGUCAUGAGGAAUUGAUAGCGGUUUAUGGUUAUGAUAUUAGGAAUGAGGAAGGUCCACCUAGAGCUAGAAGGAGAAGAAGAUAUGGACGUGGACCAAAUAAAUAUACACGCAAUUGGGAAGAUGAAGAUGCUUAUGGUAAAACUGGUAACAAUACGACAUCUAAAAGCAAUAAUAGAAAGUUUAUUAGAAGUGGAGAAGAUUUUCCUGCACUUGGUACUAAUAAGAAUUCCUCUGCAACUGUCGAGGAACCGGUAAUAUCAUCAGCGUGGUAUAAUAGUAAAAGUAAGACUAUAAAUAAAACACAAAAUUUUCCACCUUUACAAACACAGCACGACGUGCAAAAGACCAAAUCUUCUGGAGCAUCCAUUGGUCAUACAAAUGAAAACAAAGUUCUAAACGAGUCCAAUAAUCCGGUUUGGAAAAAGGAGGGUAAACAUGGGACACAAAAUCAAAAUUCUAAUGGAAACAGUGGAUCUAACGGAGAUGCAGAAAAAUCUUUUGAAACUAAAACUUUAUCAAGAGAGAGUAACAAACGAAACGUACAAGAGUCGACUAAUUUCGGAACAAACAGAGCUCGUGGAAGAGGAUUUAAGGCUAAUGCCAAUAACAAUAUAUUGAGCAAUAGAACUAUCGAAACCAAACCUAAAGGAAGAGGAGCUGGACCAAUUAAUUCUGAUAAUAGACGGAGUAAUACAAUACAACACGACGAUGAUAAUCAAAUUACGCACGAGAUGAAAAAUAUUCAUAUCAACGAUGGCGCGCAAUAUCAUCAAAGUGGUAAACAUAAUAAAAAUUAUUAUGCGCAAUCCUCUGGUCAACAAAGAGUUAACACUGUGCCUCCGAGAAUGCAACAGCAGCAAUCUCAUCCAACGCAAUCGCAACAAGGACACCAAUCGCAACAAACGGCUCAACAGCAAGAUAGUUCUGGCAAUAGACCAAAGCGAUACUCCAGCCUUCGUCAACGUCCUGCGGUUUCAGAAAAUCCUACGCAACAGAAUUAUCAGCUCCCUCAUGGACAGCAUGGGCAACAUGCACAACACACACAACACGCACAGCAUACUCAGCAUUCACAGCAUGCUCAACAUGGGCAGCAUGGACAACAUGGGCAACAUGGUCCACAUGGGCAACACGGUCAACAUGGGCAACACAGUCAACAUGGGCAACACAACCAACAUGGGCAACAUGGAUAUUUUGCUCCUCAAGCUGGAAAUUCAAGAGGAGUUUUAGAUUCUCAAGGAUAUCCUCCUGGGCAUUUUGAACAAACCGCACCUGUUGCUGCUCCAGCUGCGCCUAUGGGUGGACAACCAGUAAUACCUUUGCCACCAAAUGGUCAACCUGCUAGCUAUGCUCCACCUCCAUUUUUGGUGCCACCACCUCAGUUUAUACCAUCUCAAACUGCUCCUCCUAGCAUAAUUAAUUAUGUCUCUGGCCCUAAUGGGCCAGCAUUUCCACCAAACUUUCAAGGAUAUCAAAGUUACACUCCCCCAGUUCCUGCGCAAGGACCGCCUCCGCCACAAGAAUUAUUUCAACCACAAGGUUGUACUUAUUAUAGUACUGCGCAACAACAGCAACAAACAGCUCCCAUAAGACGACCAAAGGCAGCCAUUCCAAUUCUUCCACCUCCGGAUAAUCAGCAGCAUCAAAGUAAUCGUGGCAGAGGUAGAAGUAUUCAAUCUAAUCAACAAACUAACCAACCUGGUAGUGUACAACAAAGUGAACAAGAAGUUAAAAGUAACUCGGUGGAAAGUGAUCAAAAGAAUAUGUUAGGACAAUUUGAUAAUCUACAAAAUGAUCAGUCGGAAUCGAUUCAACAAAAGGAAGAAACCUCGAGUAUAAUAUCGAGUAAUAUAGGAAACAAAGAAACUGUAAUCAAAAGUAUUAACAACGUUAAUAUAACAUUGGUUGAAAGUUCAGUUGUUACGAUGGAUAAAGUAGAAGAUACAAGUAAUAAAGAAAUACUGCAGAUAACUGAAGAUAGCGAAAGUCUAAUUACUUCCAAGUCUAUGCAAUUGGACAUUGAUAAGACUGAUAGCGAGCCACCUAAGCUUGAAACUACUAUUCCUGAAACUUCUGUUGUUGAGGAAGCGGUUGCCUAAAUAAUCUACAUGAGAUGUUAUAGAUAGAAUGAGUUAUUAAAAUGUCUAAAUGUUCUUUAUAAUAAUCAAGUUUGAAAGAAACUGACUUAUCGUCAAGAUAUAUCCUUUUGUUUGAUUGUGGUUUUAUAAGAUCUUUUGUAGAGAUAUUACAAAAAAUAAUACACCAGAUCAAUCCAGAUGUUCGUCGUCUCAGCAAGUUGCUUCUUGUAAACAGAAUAAUCAAGAUUCCUGUUAGAAAUUCAGGAUAUAUCUGUUAUAUAUACAAUCAGAUUUGUCUAAACUAUUGGAACUUCCGUUUGAAUUUUCUUUAUAAAUUGUCUAACAUGGAAAUUAAUUCAAGAUUUAAUAAGUCGAUAAUACAUGAAAGAUCAUCAAUCAUUUUUCAUAAGCGAGAAUUAGUUAUUUCAAUGUCAGUAGAAAAAACGUGCAGCCUUGAAUGUUCAAUUAAACAAGCCUGUAUAAUAUCACGUGUUACGGAUAUAAUAUUAAUUCUUAAUCGACUAUGUAACUCAAUUGGACUAUGUACAUUUCUAGAUAUAUCAAAAUUGAUAAUUGCUAAUUACGGUUAAACCGUAAAGCUAAUUUUUAUUGAUUCGUCUUCAACUAUACUGCCAUGUAUUUUAAAUUGGGCUUUUCUGCAAUAUCUGAUAUGCAAUUGCAUUAUACUUUUCAUUUUUAAUUCCACUACUAUUUUUUUGUUCCUUAUUUAUUUUUUUACUUAUUAGAGAUUGCUAAUAAUGUGUAUCAAUAUUAAACAAAUACAUCCUAUAUUAUAUAUUCUAAAGUAUAUAAGACAUCAUUGCAAAUUAGACGAUUAAAUACAGUUUCGAAUGACGUGAUAAAUAAUAUGACGAUAAAAAAAGAAAAAAAGAAGAUUUCAUAACAACAUGAUCACUGUAAAUAUAAAUACAAUUUCUCACAGUGCGUAGAGCUGUUUCAAUAAUUAAUUGUCUUAUCGAUCCUUGUGUGAUUCGAAUGAUCUAUUUAUAUGAUCAAAUUAAAUUAAAUAUACUUAGCAUAUUUUAAUUGAGAUAUAUAACUUUAGUUAUACAGGAUGUCCUGUAUAUAUAUAUAAAAGAAUAUAUAUAAAAAUGAUAUUACUGCUAUUAAAAAGAAGCUUUAUUUUCUUUUCUUCGCAAAAAUCUUGCAUGCAUUGCAUUUAUUUCAUCGUAUAGAGGAUUAAAUAUUAUACACGUACAGAUACAAAAAAAAGU